UUGAGGAAUUGCCCCCAAAAUUGCGUCAAUCCAAUGAAGAAGAUGAAGUUGGAUAUGAACAACAAUCAAAUUCCAUCGAAUCUGAAGCAGAAUCAAAUGUUUGUUAAGAUUGCUAUUGGUCUGAUCUUAAUGUGGUUAGCUUAUCACUUCUAUUUCUCAAGUUCGAUUCAGAUUUCCCCCGUCGUUGAAGCCGAUGAUGACCACAGAUUGCCGUCCUCACCGCCUCCGGUGGUGGCUAAUUUGACACUAUCUGGCGAAAUUCCGGUGAAUAACACCAGCAUUCACGAAGACGAAGGUUCAAUGGAAUGUGAUGUUUUCACCGGAGAAUGGGUUAGGGAUCCGACGGGUCCACGGUACACCAACCGCAGCUGCAACACCAUCGAACACCAUCAAAACUGUAUGAAGAACGGCCGGCCUGAUUCCGAUUACUUCUACUGGCGGUGGAGUCCUGUAGACUGUGAUUUGCCAGCAUUCGACCCGAAAUUGUUUCUGGAAUUCAUGAGGAAGAAAUCAAUGGCAUUCAUCGGCGAUUCAAUCACGCGCAACCACGUGCAGUCGUUGCUUUGUAUUCUUUCUCAAGUUGAAGAAGCCGUUGAGGUGUAUCACGAUGACGAAUACAGAAGCAGAAGAUGGUUCUUCGGGUCGCACAACUUCUCUCUUUCGGUGAUUUGGUCUCCUUUUCUUACGAAAGCUAAGAUAUUUGAGGACAAUGACGGGCAUUCCUCGGGUGCGAUUGAGCUCCAUCUCGAUGAGCUCAACUCGGUUUGGGUCGAUGAAUUCAGUAACUUCGAUUACAUCAUGAUCGCAGGUGGAAAAUGGUUCUUGAAAACCGCGGUAUACUACGAAAACAACACGAUCAUCGGGUGCCAUAACUGUAACAAAGCGAACUUAUCGGAGGUCGUGCUUGAUUACGCAUAUCGGAAAGCACUCCAUACGACUCUAGACUUUAUCACGAGAUCGAACCACAAAGUCUACGCGUUUUUCCGGACAACAACCCCCGAUCACUUCGAGAACGGGGAAUGGAACACCGGAGGGUAUUGUAACCGGACAGUUCCAUUCAAAGACGGUGAGAUUGACAUGAGGGAUAUUGAUACGAUUAUGAGAGAUAUCGAGUUGGAAGAAUUUGCGAAUGCCAAAGCGGCUACGAACGGGUCGGUUUUGAGAUUGUUCGAUACAACUCGUUUGUCGUUGUUGAGGCCCGACGGUCACCCGGGCCCUUACCGCGCUUUCCAUCCGUUGGACGGAAAAAUUGGAAAUGCAGAAGUUCAAAAUGAUUGUUUGCAUUGGUGCUUGCCGGGGCCGAUAGAUUCAUGGAACGACUUAAUGAUGAAUUUAUUGGUCCGUGGUGAACGAAUAUAAAAACAAUAACGAAUUUAAGUCUCUCAAAUUGUUGUCCAUAGGGCCAAAAAAUUUGA